UUGUUUUCUGUUUUAAUGAACAAUAAUGAGUGAUACGUGGAACAAAAGUAUACUAUGUCGUUGUUGCCAAGCCGAAGAUGGCUUCAGAAGUCUUGGUGAGCCGUAUAUUCACGAAGGAACGCAGGAAAUAUAUGCGGAUAUGAUACGAGAUUGUCUGAAUAUUAUUAUGAAACCUUCAACUGCACCGUCGUACAGCAUUUGUGAUAGCUGUGUGUGUAAGUUGCGGGAUGCAACCGUCUUUAAAAGGCAGGUCCUUGCAUGUGAGAGGUCUCUGGAGGCAUACCGCAAGCAGAUUGAUGAUGAGAUAAAUGCGGAUCCUGAAAUAAAAUCUGAAGAUGACAGCUGCUCCAAUGGAUUUAAUGAGCAGUUGAUGCACAGAUCAGACUAUGAAGGCAAGAAUGAAGGGAAUCUUACGUAUGAUGAAGAGAAGACAACAUCCAUGGAUAUAGAAGACAUUGAUGACCAGCCGCUCGCCAGCCUUCGGACUUUUCGGCAGAGUGAUGACGUCACAACACGGGAAGCUAAAACCUCCAAACACCAAAAGGCCAAGAAUUUCUCCUGUAAAAUUUGUCAUAAGAAAUUCACUUACAACGGUUUUUUGGAGGUACACAUGAGACAACACACAGGGGAGAAAACAGUGCAAUGUCGACUAUGUGACAGUAAGUACACGAAUAACAAGGAAUUAAACAGACAUAUUAGCGAGAACCAUUCAGACGGAGAUAAGUACCCAUGUCCACAGUGUACAGAAACUUUUGAUAAAGCGAGACUGUUAAAGAAACAUUUGACAACGCAUUUUGAGGAAAAAUUCUCAUGUAAUUACUGUGAUAAAGAGUUCCAAAGAAAAAAAGGUUAAAGGAACAUCUAAAAACUCACACAGGAGAGAAAAAAUACAGUUGCGAAGAAUGCGGUAAAUCAUUUGGUCAUAACCAGACGUUGAAGUCUCAUAUUUUAACGCACACUGGUGAAAAACCUUAUGUAUGUGAUGUAUGUGGAC